AUGGACGAUGGCGUCACUGAUAUUCUGUCCGGCGUGGUGGACGACGUCGGUCAAGCUGUUGGAAGAAACAUUGAUGGCGCUCAGCUGCUGUAUGAACUCCUGAGUGCUCCGUGGCUCAGAUCCCUGCUGAAGAUUUAUGAGUGCCUGCUGCAGUUCCAGAGAUUGUCACCAAGCCCUUUUCUGCCUUAUGCCUCAGGACUCUCACAUGAGAUUAUGACUGUGAUCCAGAAGACUCACCGUCCUUCACAUGAAGCCAGGGAGCUCUUCGGCCUCCUCAGCUCCCCUCACAUCCAGGCUCUUCUGUCGACCCACGACAGCGUAGCUCAGUCGGACUACGAGCCCGUCCUGCCUCCUCUACCCGACGACUUGCCCGACGACGAGGAGGCCAUGAGGAUCGUUUGUCUCGUGAAAAACAACCAGCCUCUGGGGGCGACAAUAAGGAGAAACGAGGAGACAGGAGAGAUCUACAUCGCCAGGGUGAUUCAUGGAGGACUGGCUGAUCGUAGCGGACUCCUACAUUCUGGUGAUCUGUUAGUGGAAGUGAAUGGAAACCCAGUGGGAGGCCUGGAGCCAGAAGAGGUCAUCCAGAUACUGACCAACUCUCACGGCACCAUCCUGUUUAAAGUCAUUCCUAAUCCAGGUCAGGCCAGCAGCAACCAGAAUCCGGUGUACAUGAAGGCGAUGGUGGACUACUGCCCCCUGCAGGACGCCUCCAUCCCCUGUCCGGAUGCUGGGAUGGCGUUCAGCCGAGGAGACCUGCUGGAGGUGGUGGACCAGUCGGACGCUCACUGGUGGCAGGCCAGGAAGCUGCCCUGUGCUGCCUCCUGCGCUGGGCUCAUCCCCUCUGCAAGCAUGCUGAAGAGCAAACAGAAGGAACAGUGGUGGCGCCAACCGUUACAGGUUCAUACCUGCAUCAGACCCUUGUCGGUGGCUGAUAAUGAGGACGAUCCACAACAUGGUGACGAUAAACGCACCACAACAGCUUUGGAAGAAAUAAACUUUGAUGAAGCCGACUCUGAUAUCACUGAAGGAAUCUACCUCGCUGGUUUCCGGCGGAGUUUCCGUCUCUGGAGGAGGACGUCCUACAGGAAGCGACGUCAGUCCUGCACCACCUGUUCGCCCAACAGCAACGCCCUGAACACUCCAUAUGAGGAGGUGGCUCUGUACCAGCGCCCCCCGCAGGAGAACCACCGCCUCAUCAUCCUCGUCGGAGCUCCAGGAGUCGGAGUGAAUGAACUGAGGAAGAGGCUCAUCAAACUGAACCCUUCGACCUUCCAGAGUCCCGUCCCUCACACAACUCGUCCAAUCAGACCAGGGGAGCAGUCAGGAACAGAAUACCACUUUGUUACCAAGGAGCUGUUUGAGUACAUGGUCUGUAACCACAGAUUUGUGGAAUAUGGGGAGAGUAAAGGUCAGCUGUACGGGACCAGCACCGACGCCAUCGACGAAGUCCUGAGACGAGGACGGAUGUGUAUCAUCGAUAUUGAACCACAUGGCAUCCAGUUCUUGCGGACGAAGAAACUGAAACCUUUCGUGAUUUUUGUCAAAGCUCCGAGUCCAGAAAGACUGAGACAAACCCGGAGAGACGCCCGAAUCAUCACCAACUUCACCAUCAACAGAGCUUUCACAGAGGACGACUUUGUGGAGCUGGAGGAGGCCUCUCAGCUGAUGGAGGCAAAGUACAGGCAGUUUUUCGACAGCGUUCUUGUGAAUGACGACCUGCAGGAUGCCUGCAUCCAGCUCUGCUCCAUCAUCCAGCAGGCCCAGAACGAACCACAGUGGAUUCCUGUUAGCUGGGGUCGAACCGAGUAGGAACAGCCCAGGAGAGGAAAAUACAACCAGAUAUGGAAAAGAAUGAGGAAAAUAUGAAAGUAAGGGUUAGGGCAAUGGAGGAGGAAGGUGAAGAGGCAACCUGGAAGUAGGGAAAGAAAAAAUCUAAAUGAGAAUGAGGAGAAGACAAAUACAGAAAUGUAAAAAAAUACUCCUGAAAGUUUGCAACAAAACUCCUAAAUUGUGUUAGCAAAUAUUUAACCUCAAUGGCUGCAUUAAAAUUGCUUGAAAAAUCAGUCAGUAACUCUUCCAUUCAUUCUCAGUGUUGUCAGGAAAAACAACGGUAGUAAAUAGCUUCUAAUUAUCUUAAAUUCUGAGGAAUGUUCAGGCUACAAAGCUAGCUUAAAUAAAGGCCAAGCGUCUCAUGUUACCUCAUUUCUUCUGUUAAAAGCUGCACUUUAGAUUUCAUUCAAUAAA